AUGGGAGCAGCUCCUGGUGUCUUCUCUCAGCAGCUACCCCUGCAGCCCCCCACUACCAAAGCCUUGCCACAUAAACCCAAUGCACGCCCCAAGGAUACGAUGUCCUCCCGGCAGGAAGGGGACAGGCUGGAGCAGAGGGGCUGCUGGGCAGGGCACUGCCAGGGCAGGAGUGGCUGGCCACGGCGGGUUGUUGACCCCCAGUGCCCUCCUUCGCGAUGGCCUGGGGCAGCUGGGGGUCUCCUGCCUCUGGACCUGACCCCCUGCCUCCUCCCCCUGCAGUAUGGCAUUGUGCUGGAUGCCGGCUCCUCCCAUACAGCCAUGUUCAUCUACAAGUGGCCUGCAGACAAGGAGAACGACACCGGGGUGGUCAGCGAGCACAGCAUGUGUGAUGUGGAGGGUCCCGGCAUCUCCAGCUACAGCUCCAACCCUCCGGCUGCCGGGACAAGCCUGGUGCACUGCCUCAAUCAGGGUCUGAGAGAUGUGCCCAAGGAGAAGCAUGAGGGCACCCCACUCUACCUGGGUGCCACAGCUGGCAUGCGCCUGCUCAACAUCGCCAACCCACAGGCUUCAGACGCCGUCCUCAGUGCCGUGGAGGCCACACUGAAGUCAUACCCCUUCAAUUUCCGGGGGGCAAAGAUCCUGUCGGGGGAAGAAGAAGGGGUCUUCGGCUGGGUCACUGCAAACUACCUCCUGGAGAACUUCAUCAAGCGUGGGUGGCUUGGGGAAUGGAUCCAGCCCCAGAAGAAGACCCUGGGGGCCCUGGACUUCGGGGGUGCUUCCACACAGAUCACCUUUGAAAGCAGGGACACCAUUGAAGACCCCAGAAACGAGGUGAUGCUGAAGCUGUACGGCCAGGUGUACAAAGUGUACACCCACAGCUUCCUCUGCUACGGAAGAGACCAGGUCCUCAAGAGGCUGCUCUCGAAGAUCCUCCAGGCUGAGAGCUACCAAGCAACUGUCCCCCAUCCCUGCUGGCCCACGGGCUACCACAAGAGCCUGUCACUGAGCAGCGUCUAUGACAGCCCCUGCACAGAGGAGGAGAGGCCAAGCCUUGCCCUCAACACCACCAUCACUGUGGUUGGCACCGGGAACGGGAGCCUCUGCGCUCUGCACAUCAAUAAGCUCUUCGACUUCACCACCUGCUCCUUCUCCCGCUGCUCCUUUGAUGGCAUUUUCCAGCCAGAAGUUUCAGGAAACUUCAUUGCCUUCUCUGCCUUCUUCUACACAGUGGACUUCAUCCAGACAGUGAUGGGGAGAUCCGUGCACUUGCCCAGUGACCUGAAGAAUGCUGCUGAGACCAUCUGUGCCACCAGCUGGAGCGAGCUGCUCCAGAAAGCCCCCAAGCUGGAGAAGAGGCUGUCAGAUUACUGCGCUGUCAGCAUAUUUGUUUAUUUGCUCACCACCAAAGGCUACAACUUCAACAACCAUUCCUUCCCCAACAUUGCCUUCCAAAAGAAGGCAGGAGAAACUUCCAUCGGCUGGGCCCUGGGCUACAUGCUGAACCUCACCAACAUGAUCCCAGCGGAGAAGCCCUCAUCUCACAAAAGCAUGCUGUACAACUACUGGGUCAUCCUCAUCCUGCUCUUUGUGGUCACCACCCUGACGUCUCUGGUGACUGCCAUCUGCCUGCUCCGGCGCAGCAAGUCACUCACAAUCUAAUGGCAGGGACAUGGUGUGUCUUGUCUGCAGGACCCAGCACCAUCCUUUCCGCUGGAGUCUCCAUGGCCUGAACACUUGGGAUGCAGCAAGUGCUCAGAGAUGUCCUCUUCCAAUACCUAAUGCUGCCUGUCCCAGAAGGAAUGCAGUCCCAUUCUGCCCUCCCCUUGCUUUCAAGCUGCAGGAAAGGGGGGGACAGAAGAGGACCACUGGCCAUGCAGGAGAACAGCUUAAGGGUUUCUAAGUGCUACUCAGGGAUGGAUCCUGGACCAGGCUUGGGAUGUGGAUGUUCAGACCUGGGACACCCUUCUGCUGCCAGACCUGGGCUAGACUGGGCGAGCGAGUCCAGACAAGAGCACGAUUUAUUUUCAUGUGAAUGGGGUGGGCAUGGAGUAUUAAUUAUGCUAGUCCUUAUAGCUGACCUCACUAGCCUGUUCCUGGAGCAUCCGCCCUGCUUUCCAGGGAGCUUUGGGCAUCACUUAGAGCCUAUGCUGCCUUCCUGGCCAACACACAAACCCCACUGAGCUUCCCAAAGGCCAGAUCUUGGCCUGGACUUCUACUGGCCUCAGCACAGGCUUAGCAACAACCAGAAGUGGGCAGUGAGCAGCAGGUCCCCCUCCAUCAACCAGACAUGGUGCCUUCCCCAUUCCUGUGGUUCCUAAGCCAGUCUUGCCUUUGCCACAGCCAGAGCAUCCUCUGUUCCCCAUCAAUGGCACAAAAAGGCCCCGUGGCUCCCUGGUGCACAGCCAUGGCAGUGCAAAGGUGAUGGGCUUGCUGCAGGAGUGGGGCCUUGUACUGCUUUAGGACUUGAGCCUUGUAUCACCCCAUGUCAGGCAGCUGGGAGGAUGAACCUUCAUUUCCAAAUGAGUAAAACCAGGGACGUGCAAACACACAGAAGGUUUGGGUUUGUUUGGUUGGGUUUUUUAUAAUCAGAAAUAAAUCUUUGUAGCCACUCUUGUGGCUCUGGCUUUUGAUCAGCAACAGGCCCAUCCUGGUUGUCUUGCAGGGGUAGAGCCACUUAGGGGCUCUGCUCGGACACAACUGCAGGUCAGGCUCUUGCAUGAAGGUCUCAAUCCCCCGCAGCCCGCCCAGUGCUGAGUCACCAUCACAGCUCUGCCACGCAGGAAAAGCCCCCCAGACUCAAGAUGGGCUUGAAACCUCACUGCAGAUCAGGCCCACUUGGAGGUGGAAGUCUCAACAAGUCAUGGUGGUGAAGCUGAGGUCUCACAAGCACCAGAGCUCGUCAGCCCAAAGGUGUGAGCAGGCCGUGCUCCAGCUGACCCCAUCCCACGCGUUCACGGCCACAGCCUCCACACAAGGAAAGCAAGUUGGGAGCCUCUGCUCCCAGGGUCUUGUUCCCAGGCAGGGCAGGGUUGUUCAUGCAGUCACUGGCAGCUCAGAGGCCCCACAGCACACUCCAGCUGCAUGGGGCCGUCCUGAUUCUCCAGCCCAUCUGGAAAGAGCCUCUGGCCCUGCCGUGCUCCUCUGGGCCCCCAGGAGAGGAUCAGCUUUAGCCAGCUGCUGUUUCUCGGUGCCAUCCUCGCUCUCGCAGGCGGCACAAGCUCUGCUCUAUGGGUUUGCUCACUGACCAACACCUUCCCCUGCUUCAGCCGAGCUCCCGGUACACCACGCUUGGCUUAACCUGCCCAUUCCCCACAGCCACUCUGCUUUUAGCUGUUCCACUGCCUGGUCCCCAUUCUCUCUGC